AGGAGGCGGAGGGGGAUGACGUCAUCCGGCGGGGCGACGGGCAUUGGGCGCCAUUUUGAAAAGGGAAAAAAAAAAAAAAAAAUCCCUCCUCGGCGGCGGCGGCGGCGGCGGCAGCGGCGGCUGCGGCCGGAGCUGAGCGCUCGGCGGGGCGCCUCCGGUCGGGCGCGCUCGGCUGGGCAGGCCCCGUCCCGCGCUACUGCCAUGGCAGGAGCCGGAGGCGGCGGCUGCCCCGCGGGCGGCAACGAUUUCCAGUGGUGCUUCUCGCAGGUGAAGGGCGCGGUCGACGAAGACGUGGCGGAAGCUGACAUCAUUUCAACUGUUGAAUUUAAUUACUCUGGAGAUCUUCUUGCAACAGGAGACAAGGGUGGCAGAGUUGUUAUUUUUCAACGGGAACAAGAGAAUAAAAGCCGUCCUCAUUCUAGGGGAGAAUAUAAUGUUUACAGUACCUUUCAAAGUCAUGAACCAGAGUUUGACUAUUUGAAAAGUCUAGAAAUUGAAGAGAAAAUUAAUAAAAUUAGGUGGUUGCCACAACAGAAUGCUGCUCAUUUUCUACUCUCUACAAAUGAUAAAACUAUUAAAUUAUGGAAAAUAAGUGAACGGGAUAAAAGAGCAGAAGGUUAUAACUUAAAAGAUGAAGAUGGACGACUUCGAGAUCCUUUUAGAAUUACAGCACUACGGGUCCCUAUAUUGAAGCCCAUGGACCUUAUGGUAGAAGCAAGUCCGCGGCGAAUUUUUGCAAAUGCUCACAUGUAUCAUAUAAGUUCCAUUUCAGUAAAUAGUGAUCAUGAAACGUAUCUUUCUGCAGAUGACCUGAGAAUAAACCUAUGGCAUUUAGAAAUCACAGAUAGAAGCUUUAACAUUGUGGAUAUCAAGCCUGCUAACAUGGAAGAGCUGACGGAAGUCAUCACUGCUGCCGCGUUCCACCCACACCAGUGCAAUGUGUUUGUCUACAGCAGCAGCAAAGGGACUAUCUGGCUAUGUGACAUGCGUUCCUCUGCCCUGUGUGACAGACACUCUAAGUUUUUUGAAGAGCCUGAAGAUCCCAGCAGUAGAUCCUUUUUCUCAGAAAUAAUUUCAUUCAUCUCUGAUGUCAAAUUCAGCCAUAGUGGUCGAUACAUGAUGACCAGGGACUACCUGUCUGUGAAGGUUUGGGACCUCAACAUGGAGAACAGGCCUGUGGAGACCCACCAGGUGCAUGAGUACCUGCGAAGCAAGCUCUGUUCCCUGUAUGAGAAUGACUGCAUCUUUGACAAGUUUGAGUGCUGUUGGAAUGGUUCAGACAGUGCUAUCAUGACGGGGUCCUACAACAACUUCUUUAGAAUGUUUGAUAGAAACACUCGGCGGGAUGUUACACUGGAAGCUUCAAGAGAGAACAGCAAACCCCGAGCCAGCUUAAAACCCCGGAAAGUAUGUACAGGUGGUAAAAGGAAGAAAGAUGAGAUUAGUGUGGACAGUCUAGACUUCAACAAGAAGAUCCUUCACACAGCCUGGCACCCCGUGGAGAACAUUAUUGCUGUAGCUGCCACCAAUAACUUGUAUAUAUUCCAGGACAAAAUCAACUAAAAAAGCUAACUGGAGGACCAAGUCUUAUUUCAAAUAGUUAAGCCGUUGUUUUCUGUCAAAGAAAAGGCGUUGUCCUCUCCAUUAAGAACAGAGAUGCACUUCCUACUUCCCUUCCUAACAGGAAAGACCUCAGCUGGAAUCCUGGCGUAGCUCUGCAUUUAGCCCAGGGAGAGAUGCUUGCUGCUGCUCAAGGGGAAAACCCACUCAAAGCAGACGUGGCGGACAGUGCUCAAUAAAGGCCAUUACUCAAAAUAAAUGUAUUUAUUUAAGUCUGAGCCUUCCUUUCCUCUUCAUAGACCAAAAACUAACCUCCAAGAGAAGUGUUGUCACACAUUUCUGUCCCCAGCUCAAUCUUCUUUCUCCGCCAUCCCAUGGCCUUCACCUGGACGUAGCCUGACCACCAUCCAUUCCUGGCUGGCCCCUCAGAGCCAGGCGGGUGUGCCCACCUGAGGCGUGUGGCUGCGGCCCGCCAGGCAGGCAGG